AUGUGUGUCAACAAGUUCAAAAUCUAAAAACCGUCCGUGUAGACGACUGAAAGUGUCUCCGAAUCCCAAAUAAAAAUAACUGCAUAUUAGCAAUCCUAUAGUAUUAAUAUACAUUCGCGGAUAUGCUGUUUAUCGGGUGUGUGUCAAGAUAAACUCAAUCAUUCCAGAAGACAGGUUUCACUGAAUCAAAACUUCCCGAAGAAUUGACAGAUAAUUUAGAGAUACGAUCUCUCCAGAAUAAUGAGUUUGUCACCUGCAGAUCUGGUGAAAUUGCUGUGUCUUCUUGACGAGGAUAAUGCAGACACCCCCUUGGAGGCACUCGUCAAACAGCUCCACCAGGAAUUCCUCCCUGAGGAUCGUUUCAAGGUCGGUCUCACUCUGGUGCUCCUUCUCCAGCAAAUCGACUUGCUGCCAAAUCCCUCCCAACGACUGAUAGCCAUUGCCCUUCUCUAUCAUCUUUAUCAAAAUCAGUCAUUUGUAUCGACACCCUUCGCCAGUGUCUUCAAUCAGAUUCUCAAAUCCACGGAUUCGCCUAAUAGUUUUGACAAAUCCAGUCAAUCCGACCAACAACCGAUCCUCUCACAGUACGAAACCAAAUUUCUGGCUAGUCUCAUCGGCUUCAACUCCUCGGAAACCCUCAAGCGCACCCCCAGGAAAAUCAUCGAUGGUCUUUAUUUUCCACCUGGAAAUGGUAACAACGAGGCUCUCACCAAUCUCCAGUUGCAACUAGCUGAGCAGCAGUCUGAAUUUCCAGCUGUUAGCAAAUGUGGAAUUCCAUUUAUUUUACCGGAUCCUGAGACCAAGAAGGCGGAGAACGAUAAAAACAACAGGAAGGAGGUGAUCGAGAAUUUAAUCUCUGGCGAUCCCCCGAUCUGCACUCAGAACUACUUCCCCGAGUUCCUGAGAUUGGCACCUCCCCUGUACAACAGACCUAGUGGUCUCCCCUGGAUGGACGUCACAGAGCCAUCGCAAUUCACAGUGGAGUAUGACACAACGAUGUGUAUAUCAAACAGCGCUGGUGCUGAGGCUCGCCGACUCAUGGGAAAGGCCUUCAAAAAUGUCCUGACCCUCCAACAACAGCAGCACUUAGUAACUGAACUCGAGAAAGAUCCUAAACUCGUUUAUUCAAUUGGCCUGACACCCCUCAAACUACCAGAUCUCGUCGAAAAUAAUCCCCUGAUUGCAAUCGAAGUUCUCCUGAAGCUCAUGCAGUCUAGUCAAAUAACCGAGUACUUCAGUGUUCUCGUGAACAUGGAAAUGUCAUUGCACUCCAUGGAAGUCGUAAAUCGUCUCACAACAACUGUCGAUCUUCCCACCGAAUUCGUACAUCUCUACAUCAGCAACUGCAUUUCAACCUGCGAGACUAUCAAGGACAGGUACAUGCAAAAUCGACUCGUGAGACUUGUCUGCGUUUUCCUCCAGUCCCUCAUCAGAAAUAAAAUCAUUAAUGUCCAGGAAUUGUUUAUCGAGGUUCAGGCGUUCUGCAUUGAGUUCAGUAGAAUUAGGGAAGCUGCGGCAUUAUUUAGAUUGCUCAAGCAAUUGGAGUCUGGGGAUGUCGCAGGAUUGAAUACUUCAGCGAAGAAGAAUAUCGAUAUUUGUUAGGGUUUGUGAUUUUUCUCGUGGAUUUCAAACUGCUGUGAGAGAGCCGAGCACAAUUGACAUUUCAGAUUUUUCGAAAUUAUUCAUUACUCAGGAUGAAAUUAUCAUUAUUUAUAUCUUUCAAACGCUUACUCCACUUCUUUAUCUUUCUUAUCUUUCUUAUCUUUUAAUUUGGUAGCAGGUAAAGAGAUCAUAAAAAUUAUGAGUGUAUAAUUUUGAGAGCAUGAAAAACUGGUUAUUUUGAAAUCAGGAAUUGUAUGAACCUUUAUAAUUUCCUUCCUAUUGAUAUUUCAGAAUGUCUUGUAUUUUUUUUUUCUAGGCUUUUUGAAUAGAACGGGGCACGUAAUCAUGAGUGCCAUAACAGAAGCAAUUUACCAUUUUCUACUUAUAUAUUUGUUAUCGCACUAAUAAACGGGGAAAAUAUAUGUAUCGUCUAUCUACUCAAUCCUAUACACUAUAUACAUGCAUUUUUUGAUAUUACAGUAUGAAUCCAUUUGCGUUUUAAAAAUGUAGGCAAUCCUUUGCUGUUCAAAAUAUAUGUACAUAUAAUAUAUAGAAUAUACACUCUAUGUAUAUUGCUUCAUAAAUGGAAUAGAGACUCAAAAAAUGUUAUAUUGGAUUUUUAAGAGGAAUUAUACACCCAUAAUUUUUUAUAAAAAGUCCUGGGAAUCUAUAAAAUCCAAAAUUUCUGUUUUGUCCGU